AUGGCAAUGUCACAAAAGAACCAAGACAAGAAGACGGUCCUCGUAUCCACGACCCUACCCCAGGUCGACGACGACGCCUUGUUGUCAGCGGUACGGCGAGGGGGCAAGGCAACGUUUGAGACGGAACGACUCCGCGUCCGCCCGCUGCGGGCCUCCGACCUAGCCGCCCUCCACGCCGUCCGGAGCCAGCCCGAGGCCAUGACGUCGAGCCACUCGGGCCGCCCGGACGCGUCCCUGGCGCAGACCGAGGCCAAGCUCAAGAGGCUGGGCCCGCCGUAUCGCGAUUCCCAUGUUUACUUUGGCAUCUUUCUGCGGCAGCAGCGGCCCAUAUUGUCAGAGGGCAGCAAGGUGGAUGAUGAGGACGGGGAGGAGGGAAAAGAUGCCGAAGGGGAGCUUAUCGGCGAUGGAGGCGUCCACAUGUUUGCUGGCACUGAUUCCGGGUGGCCCGAACUCGGGUACAAGUUCAAGCGGGAGCACUGGCGCCGCGGGUAUGCCACGGAAUUCGUCACGGGCUUUGUGCGCUUCUGGUGGGCGCUGCCACGUAGCUGCAGGCGGAUCGAGGUUGAUGAGUGCUCCGUUCUGAAAUCGCCGGCUUCCUUUGGCAUUAAUAGUCACGAUGGCAUAAAAACAAGUUGGGGAGUAUCAGGCUCGACCUCGCAACUUGGCAAGGAGAGAGCUGGCGACAUCGAUGAUCAGCGGACCGCGGCAGUGGCAGAGGGAGGAGGGAAUGCAGACGGGCUAACCGUUGUGACGGAACGCCUCUGUGCCUGGACCACGUCUACCAACGAGGCCAGUCAGAGAAUAUUGGAAAAAGUAGGGUUCGAGCGCUUCGAAGGGUUGGACAAUGGUAUGGUGAACUGGCGGGCUUUAAUGCCACCCGGAUGA